CACUUCCGGCUCAAGACGACAUGGCGGCCGUCGGUGACUUGGAAACAGCGGCGUUCGGGUUUCAGCUAUGAAAUACGCGAAUUCAAACAUCGCUCGUUUAAAUGCAAGACGACCCAUGUCUGCUGAGCAGUCCGGCGGUGACUUCGGCAUAGCUGAGGCGGAUCCGGUCAAGUCCGGUCAUGGAGAAGUUUGGAAUGAGUUUCGGGGGAGGUCCCAGCAGAAAGGAGCUUUUGGAAACGCUCGAGUCCCAGAAGAAGCAGCUCGCACAGUACCAGAGUCGCUUCAAGGAUGUGGUCCAAGCGUACAAGAGUUUGAUGAAGGAAAAGGAGGCCCUGGAGGCCAGUCUGAAAGUCUUGAGCACGUCGCAGUUUGCGGAUGCGAACCGGCAACUCUGCGAGCGGGCCGCCCUCCUUCAGGAUCGCGGAGACGGCGCGGACGCGAGCGAGGAAGAUGCGGCGGAAGGGGCGAGUACUUGCGGGUUGGAAGUCGGCGCCGUAGCGGCCGAUCGCGACGGGCGAGAGCUUCAGUUGAAGGCCCAAGUGGGCACGCUCGCCGGCGCCCUGGCCACCGUGACGCAAGAGAAGUCGCGCAUGGAGGCCAGCUUCCAGGCCGAUAAGCGGCAACUCAAGCAGGAAGUGGACGACCUGCAGGAGCGCCUCGCGGCAACGAGUGCGCGGCAGCAGGCCGAGGUCCGCGGCCUCCAGACGCAGCUGGCGGAGAGCCGCGCUCGCGUCAUCACGCAGCAGCACGAGCGCGAGCGCGAACAAAGCGACCAGCUGCAGCGGCUGCAAGAGCUGCAGAAGAUCCUGCAGCAGGAACGAGACCUGCGACAGGACGCGGAGCUCCGCCUCCACGAGGCCAACGCCGGCCGUCUCGCGGCGGCGCACGCCGCCGACCGCCAGGUUGAGUUGGAGGCGCUCUUGAGGCGGGCCGGCGAGGAGCGCGAGCAGCUGAGGCGGAAGCUGCGGUCGGCGGAGGAGGAACGAGAGGAAGCGGAUCCCGGGCUGGAGCUUCUGCGGCAGGAGCUGAGCCGGCUCAAGGAGAGCCUCCAGGACCAGAUGCGUCGGAAGCAGAAUGACGUCGGGCGCGUGUGCACGCAGCUGUGUCAGGAGGAGGCGCGCGCCCACGCCGCGGAACUCCGGGUGGGCGGUCUGGAGCAGCGGGUGUCUGAGCUCUCGGACCUUCUGGGUUCUUGCGAGAAGGCGAGGCAGCGAGAGCACCAGGCGGCUCAGAGACUCCGAGAACGGCUGGCGCAGUUGGACGCCGAGAAUCGAACGCUGGCCUCGAGCAGGUCCGCGUACGACCCCGGCCCGGACGACUCCCUGCUGGACACGACGGCCCUGAAGGACAAGUUGGAGAAGGUGAAGAAGUUGCUGCUGCUGGCCGCUCAGAGGAACCCGCCCGCCGGGACUCCGAGCGAGCCGGAACCCGCCCGAGACGAGGAGCUGCGGCAGCUCAAGGACGAGUUGGAGCGCUGCAAGCUACGGGCCAAGGCGGCAUCCAACAAGAGCCACGCCGACGGCAGCUCCGCGUCCCGCGAGCUGGAGGAGGCCCGCGAGCAGUUGGCCGACCUGCGGGAGAAGUACGUCGGCUUGCGCGUCGAGAGCGACAAGGCGGCGGCCGCUCAGCGCCGCGCGCUGCAGCAACAGCAGCAGCGCGCGGCGGAGCUGCUGCGCCGCCAGCGACAGGAAGCCGAGCGCAAGCAGGCGACGCACCGCGACGAGCUGAUGCGUCUGGAAGACGAGCUGCACAAACAGCGGGAGAGGACCGUGGCGCUCCUGGACGAAAAGGACCGGGAGGUGGAGCUCCUGCGAGUCUCCGCCCCCAGCUCCCUCUCCGCGCCGAGAGUGACGGCGGAGGAGGAGGAGGGGGAGGGGGAGGAGCGUCGGGCGGACGGCGUGGGACGAGCCCUGCGGCGGGCCGCGCCCGGCGAGCCCGCGCCGCUCCUGUACGCCGAGCAGCUGGCCCGAAAGGAAGCGGAGACGGCGGGCCUGAGGCGGCAGAAGCGGCAGCUGGAGGACGACGUCCGCCGGCUGCACUGCAAACUGGCGGCCGGCGCCCAGCGCCACGACGACGAAAGCGGCGCGCUGCGGGCGCAGCUGGACAAGCUGAGCCGCGAGCAGAAGCGGGAGGGCUCCAACGUGGAGUACCUGAAGAACGUCAUCUACCGCUUCCUGACGCUGCCCGACGCCAGCGGCAGGCAGCAGACGCUCAACGCCAUCCUCAGCAUCCUUCACUUCAGUCCGCAGGAGAAACAGUCGGUCCUCCGGCAGCAGGGGGCGCCGUGGUGGAGCGGCCACAAAAGAUGACGUCGGGCCGGCCGUUCGCUUUCCCAAAGGAAGCCGUCGACUUGUUCUUUUCUUUGUACUCCAGACCGCGAUGCCGACCGUUGCAAUAAAUGCUCCGUUGUCACUAAUCAAGGGUGACGUCGUUUCGUGGGGGGGCGAGGGGUGGGAACCGGCU